CCUCAUCCUCUUCCGAUUCUUCCACCUCAGCCAAAAUCUCAGCAGAAUUCACAUCAGCAUCUUUCAUUACUUGAAGUCCCUACAUCACAGGCCCAGGAAUCUGGCCGAGUAACAGUAGAUUUCGCAGACAACUCACAAGGCCUACUAUUUUCAAAUGUUGUCGCUGUUUCUAAGUCUGCAAAUUCUAGUGUCCAGGUCUCUAUACCCCAAACCUCUUGCCUUUCCCUAGAAACCAAUUUCAUGAUUUCCCAAGAUGCCAACUCCUUGCCUCCACGAGUUAACGAAAAUAGUUUUAUCUCCGGUUAUUCCUGGGCUGACGCUGUCCUCCAGUUGCUCGAGGCAGCCAAAGCUGGUGAUCUAGAGAUGGUGCGCCGCCUGAUAACUGCACAUCAAGAACACCAACACGACCUAAAGUCUAUUUGUUUAACCAACUACUCUAGUGGAGAUGGUAGCAGCUCCAGUAUAGGUGCUGGCACUUCAGCGAAUGCACCUUCGGGUGGUUUUAUUGCUAAACUCUUAGGCAGCUCUCCUCAAGCCUCGUUUGAUUUGAUAAAUUGCCGUGAUAUUGACGGACGUCACUCGACCCCUCUACAUUUUGCUGCCGGCUAUAAUCGACUAGCUGUCGUUGAACUGCUUCUACAAUUUGGCGCAGAUGUACACGCAAAGGACAAAGGCGGACUGGUUCCCUUGCAUAAUGCAUGCUCAUACGGUCAUGUUCGAUCACCGAUAGUAAUAAUCUAA